AUGAAGCGAAAGGGAACCGAAGAGUUCAAGACGCUAGCGAUCGUGGGGAAGUUCGGAGUUGGGAAGACAACGUUGUGUCAGGAAGUGUUCAACGACAAAGACGUGAAAGAAGCUUAUCUCCCGAGGAUAUGGGUGUCUAUGUACAGCAAAGAAACAAAAGAUGCAAAGGUAGCUGUGCUGAAGAAGAUGUUGAGAUCACUUGGAGUUGAAGAUGAGAAACUUGAUGACAUCAAAACAGAAGCAGAGGAAGAGAAGAGAAGCAAAGAUGAAGCUGGGAAAACAGACGAAGAGACGGUUGAAGAGAAGGAGCUCUUUAAGUUACUGCAUGCUCUUAACUCGAAUCUGUUCGGUAAGAAAUAUCUGGUCGUGUUGGACAAUGUCUGGGAGGAUAACGAGUGGAACCAGAGGCUAGAUGGUGAGAAGACUGAGUAUGAGAAAACGCAUCUUUCGUGCGGGUUUCCUAAAGGGUAUGGUGGGAGAGUGAUUGUGACAAGCAGAGACGAGGGCCUAGCCAAGAAGAUAGUCGGAGAAGAAGAGAACGUGCAACGUUUGUUCCCGAGAACAGACGUAGAGAGCGUGUGGGAGAUUUACAAAGAUGCAUUUGGAAAACCCAUGAAAGAUGCAGCUGGAGAACUAAUAAAGGUUGAAAAGAUCGUGAGAAAUGAAGAUGGUACUACGCAAACAAAAUGGGUGGUGAACCCGAGGUAUCCAGGGAGAUACAAAAAAGAGCUUAUGGAUAAGUCUGGUGGUGUCCCUUGGGCUGCUCGAAUGCUGGCUACCAGUGAGCCUCUCAAAAAUGAUGAAGACAAGGACUUGUAG